CGGCACUGGAGGGUUUCACGCCAUUUUGUUCAUUUGUGGAACCCCCCCUCUAAGGAGCAGAGUGCAGCCAAUAGUUGGAGGGCGGGCGGCCCUCUUGCAGAGAGAUGGAUGGACUCGUAUCAAGCACAGCAUUGCCUCCACUUUUUGCUGACGAUGAUGUAUCAAAGGAGAGCGCAGAUCUGACAGUCGAUGCUGGGUUUUCAGGCCCAGAGGGCUCGUACAGUUCAGGGGUCUCUCAGUCACUGAACAAUCCAGAGUUUGUGGAGGAUCUGUCUCAGGUGCAGCUACUACAGAACGAGUCCCCUCAGGCAGCAGAUACCAAUGAGCAAAGAAGUGAGGAGGAGAAGAUUUCCAAGAAAGGGGGCUGGCCCAAAGGAAGGAAAAGGAAAAAAGCGACCAAGGACAGCAAUGCUCCAAAAGCCCCACUCACUGGGUAUGUGAGAUUCCUCAAUGAACGUCGGGAGCAGCUUCGAGCACAGAGGCCAGAUGUUCCGUUUUCUGAAAUCACACGAAUGUUGGGGAAUGAAUGGAGUAAACUGCCUGCAGAUGAUAAACAGCAUUAUUUAGAUGAGGCAGAGAAAGACAAAGAGCGUUACAUGAAGGAGCUGGAGCAGUACCAACAGACUGAAGCUUACAAAAGGUUCAGCCAGAAAGCAGAUGACAAACGACGGACAAAAGGGCUUAGCCAAGAUGAAGGAUCUCGAGCCAAUAACAUUCCUGUUACCGAGAAGCAGGGUGACCCGAAGGAUCGAUCUGUGUUGGAUAUUCCUAUUUUCUCUGAAGAAUUUUUGGAUCACAGUAAAGCUCGGGAGAGGGAGCUUCGGCAGCUGAGGAAAUCCAAUAUAGAAUAUGAAGAAAGAAAUGCAGCUUUGCAGAAGCAUGUGGAGAGCAUGAAAACAGCAGUCGAGAAGCUGGAGGUUGAUGUGAUGCAAGAACGAAACAGGAAUGUUGUCCUUCAGCAGCACCUGGAUACCUUGCGGCAAGCACUGACAUCCAGUUUUGCCACUGUACCGUUGCCAGGUUCUGGGGAGAUACCCACCCUGGAUACCAUUGAUUCCUACAUGAGAAAACUACAUGGCAUUAUUCUGUCCAACCCCCAAAAUAAUGAGAAUCUCAUUACUACUGUGCGAGACUUAGUCAGCCGACUUGACAGUUGAAAUGGUGAUUGGCUCUGGAGGUAUCAACAUCUGUUCACACAGCUGGGCAGUAUGAAAUGGAAGGCACCACUGGAUUUGCAUUGGAAAUAAAAUGUCUAUGGCCUUGCAAUUUAGCCUGACCUGGAAAAGGAUUAUUCCUAACCAGGUUCUCUUUCAUUUUAAUAGGCCAAACAUUGAAGUGCUACAGGGGACUGCUGUGUUGUCUCUUGCUAGUCGGCAGCAAUGAUGUCUUUUAAUUCCUUCAUGAUUGUCUCAUGCCAAAUUUUCCUGUGUUAAUUGUAUGUUAUGUUGUGUGGCAUUAGAGGCCUCGUGCUCAGUCAACAAGGUCAUUUAUUUAAUAGCUUUUUAAAAAAAAUGUUGUUUUCUCCCUUCUACAUAUGUGGCAAUAAGUAAUUUGAGGUUUAAGGAGCUUAUCCAGUCGUUUUCAGAAACUCUGGCUGAAAUGCCAAGUCCAAGAUGUUUUAAAAAUAUUAACCGAGUGCCACAUUGAUUGAAUUAGUAAUGAUACUGCCCAGAAUAGGAUAGGAAGGACAGUAUCAUUACUCCCUAAUGUCAACUUCCAAAUAGCAAUAUCAUAGAAUCGUAAAAAGUUGUAGCAUGGGUCAUUCGGCCCAAUGGAGCCAUGACUGGCGAAAAAAACUACUUAAGCUAACCCGUUUCCCAGCCCUUAGUCAGCUGCUGACUUGAGUGCAUCAAAAUAAUCCUCGUAUCCCCUAUAUUUUAGCCACUUACCUUAAAUCUAUGCACCUCAUUGAUUAUCCAUUGAAAUAUCUUUCCUGUUCAUCCUGUCAAGGCUUCUCAAAAGUUUAUAAACUUGUUUAAAGCUUGCACCCGUUUUACAUGGAAAACUAAGACUACCAAAGCUUGUAAACCUUCUAACAAUAGGGAUGCUAUGGUUGACUCCGGCCUCCUUAAACUUGGGAGGAGUGAAUUAUUCAAGUUUCCUACUCCUGUCCGAAAUUUCUCCUUCAAGAUACAUCUUCAGUAGGAGGAAAGCACCUUUAAUAAGGAACUAAAUCAAUCUAAUGAAAGGCCAUUACUAUGAAAUGUUAAGUUUGUUUCUAUACAGAUGCUCCCUGACUUUCUAAGCAUUUUCUAACAUUUAGUCAUAGAUUCAUGUUUUUAUUUUAGAUUUCCACUGGGUACAUUGUUUUUGUAAAUCAGCUUUCUUGCAUCUCCCAGUAAGAUGAUGUUACUGCCUGAUUUUUCUGCACUGUCCCCACCCCUAGCCCCACCUCUACUGUGGAAUAGUUUGCCUAAACUCAGUGUAGGUUUCCAUGAAAAAUGAGAAGUAAGUCAUUUAAUGGGCUGGCAUAUCCCAACAACACCUUAAUAAGGGGAAAGAAAAUUGCAAACAACUGAUAUGCUUUGCAGUAUGUUAAAGCCUGUACCCCAAAAUAAGUUUGACGAUGCAAUGAGUAUUGUAAAGUAUUAAUUACAGUUAAAUGACCCAAAGAAAACCUUUGUGUUUUGUACUUUAGGAACUACAAAUGGAACUUAACUAUUGAGAAUACUAGCUUAUAUCUGUCUGACAUUUCAACUAAGUAUGUUUUUAUAGUAUUCUUCAGCUCUGCAAGGAGAGGCAGUGAAUUCUGUUGCUUUCGCUUGAAUUGCAAUCAAUGCAACAUGUGGAAGGGCUGAAGAAACAUCUGUAGGUAGGGCUGCCCCAGUUAUUUGAGUGUUGGACUCUAAGCCAGAGGGGGUGUGGAGUAGAGACACAAGAGACUGCAGAUGCUGGAAUCUGGAGCAAAAAUAAAAUAAACUGCCAGAAGAACUCAGCAGGUUACGGAGGCAAAGGGAUGUUCAACGUUUCUGGUCGAGAUCCUAUAUCAGGACUGAGAGAGUAGAGGGAUAAUAACCAGUAUAUAGAAGUGAGAGGGAGCAGUUGGGUAGAGGCUGGUGGGUGAUAGGUGAAAACAACAUUUCCUGAAGGAGGACAACAUUUCAGAAGUGGAAAGCCUCAUCUCGAGAACACAUCCCAGUUCCCAGGUCGAUUUGGUUGACCUAGCACUAAUGCAUUUGAUAUUAUAUAUAGUAACUCAGGUUUAGGGUAUGUUCAGAGUUGUACCAGCCUGUAUGGCUGGCACCUGUAACACUGAGAGUAUCUCGCUCAGUACCAGCAAACCUUCUGUUUGGAAUAGGUGGAAGUUGUGCCCCACGUUGGGACUGUCCUCGUUCCUGAACAAAAGUGGAAGGGUACAAUUCUGAAAUAAUAUCCAGUGCUUUCCAUUGGAAAAUGCAAGUGGAUAUCAGGUGGUUCAAUGUGAAAUGUGGACCCUUGGCUAGUCAGGUAAAGGAGUGGAGUUAACAUUCCAUAACAUUUAAAACUUUCCACAAAUGGAUAUCAAACCAAUGUCAUUAUGAAAUUACACCACAAUCUCCAGUGAGACAGGUGGUCUGUAUAGUCAUUUACAAUUUUACCCACAAGUUAAUUUUAUCUUCUCAAGUACUAAGGUAGUUCCGCAGGUGUCCAGCUUACCUAUGCUGUUUUGCAAAUGGCCAUUCUUGGGUGGUAGCUGGCAGACUAAAUAAAGCAUUACAAGUGAACUUAAAGCUACAUUCCCCGAGUAUCAACAUAAGGAUGUUCCCAGUGAGGGUGGGUGGAAGCACUGGAGAGAUAUCAGAAGAAAUCCUGGCUGACCUCUGAGGUGCUACAAUUUCCCUUUAAGAAAAUUUGGUUCCCAUUUCCUCAUCGCUCAGGAACUCCAAGUGGAAGUAUGUUGAUUGCCUCUUCUUUCUAAGAGUCCAUAGAUGUUUGUCAUGUUAUGUUUUCCUAUGAAGAAUAAUAAUUUGGACUGCUACUGCCACUCAUGUAAUUAGAUCAUAGCUAAAGAGAAAAAACAAAAUGAUGAAAGAUUUGGUGCCAUAAGUACCGCAUGCCUGACUAUCUUCACUUAGUAUUUCACCUUUAAGUGCAAAUGUGUAUAGAAAUUUGGCUUUCCCUUUCCGAGUUCUGUUGUUCCUUUAUCCUGUAUAGAUGUGAGAAUGCAGUACGGUACACCAGAUGAGAAGAAACACAUUCACAAUUUUCUUAACAAUCUCUGGUCUAUUUCCGCAGCUCAGUCUUGUUUGGGUUUUAUUUAAUCCCUUAAAGAGCAGUUUUUACAUUUUGUUUGAAUACAGAUUAAUUUUGUGGCCUAGAAACUUUAAAGCAAGGGGGUUUAAACUACAAUAUUUCCAUUUUCAGUAAUACUGAUCUCUCAAUAUUUUUGAUAAACUGUUUCCUGAAUGUUGUUAGGAAACACAGUCUGAACCAAAUCAUUGCCAAUAGACAUGAUGGCAAUAAAGAGAAUAGUCCAGGAUGUUCUGUAGAAACAGUACAGAUGUUAUUUCAAAGUGUUAACUAAUGGAGCAAUUGAUGUAUACGGAUUGCAUUUUGAUGGAGUUACAGUGUAACUGCAGUUUUAAAUGAAAGCUGUAUUAAAUAUUUA